AUGGAAUUGCUCGAAGGAUCUCGAAAACCAAAGUCAGCUACGAUGUUGACCCCACAGUUUAUUGGGAAAUUGUGCACUCUACCCUACCCCGUUGUCAAAAUCAUUCUCCAGUACUACACUGUCGGCACAAUAUACUCCAAAACCAACAAAGAAUUCAAGCACUCCUUGUACAAAAAUAUCCUUGUGGCUAUGGAAGCUCAUAUGGCAAUGAAUUUACAAAAGAGUGACAUGAAGGCAGUUUGUUACGAGCCUAUUAAUAAGUUGUUGAAGCGUUUCAAAAAGACAAACCCAAUGUCUAAACAAUUGAAUGCAUUUGGUGAAAAGUUUGAUGAGUGCAGUUAUUGGAUACACAAGCUGGAUUUACCAAAAGAAAAGACAAAUGUUGUUGUUUACAUGCACGGCGGUGGAUACUUGCUUAAUAUGAUUGAUUCUCAACUUGCAUUUAGUGCUGCUUUACAUUUUGCAUUGGAUGAUCAAACAGCCGCUCAUACUUCAAUCUUAAUCAUUGACUAUUCGUUAACCAUGUUUGAUCAUAUUUAUCCUACUCAAUUGUACGAAUGCUUGCGCACUUACAGCAACUUGGUUAAACUGGGAUACACAAACAUCACUUUGAUGGGGGAUUCAGCUGGUGCGCAUAUGUCAUUAUCAUUAGCCAGAGCCAUUGCGUACCCGGAAGAAGUUAAACUACAGUUUGACUAUUUCAGUCAAUUUAAUGUGAACUUCAACAUAUCUGACUUGCCACAACCCAUAGCCUUAAUACUAGACGCUCCUUGGGUCCAGCCAUGCACUCCACCAUUACCAUCGCGACACCACAUUGACACCACUGGUGACAUUAUUGGAUUCGAUGUCAAUUUGGGCCACUACCUAGUGGAAAACUUGGACCAAAAAUUCAUCAACAAUUUCCUCAAAUUCACAAACACAAACUGGGACGAACAUUGGGCCAAAGUAGAUGCGAUAAAUAAUGGCAACACCCUCAUUAUUGUUGGUGAACGUGAAGUUUUGCGUGAUGGAAUGGAAGAUUUUUACCAUAUUGCCAACAAGAGCGGUAGUAUUCAAUAUUGUGUUGAACCGGGUGGGAUCCAUGCAGGCAUGGUUUAUAUUGAAAGUUUGGAUUAUAUGGGGAAAAAGGGAGGUAAGAGAGCUAUAAGGGGAGAGUUUAAUGACAAAUUUGGAAUCAACUUGGUGUCAGAUUUUCUCAAUACUCGCGGUUUCAAAGAAUAG